CUUCUGUAUUUCCGUUUAGCGACUGGAGACAAGACUCACCUCCAGAGAGGAAGUGGACUCAGGCAGAAUGGAGCGAGCGUCCCUUCAGUGUCUGUUCUUCCUGACCUCAGUGCUCUGCUGCAGAUCAAUCCAAGCUGGUCUGACGGUGAGUCCCAGCAGCUCUCAGCUGUUUGAAGAAGACUCUGUCUCUCUGAGCUGUGAGGAGGACGACAGCUCUGCUGGAUGGAGGCUGAGGAGGAACACCACCAGAGAAACCAGGACUCAGUGUGACGACUGGGGAAGAUCAGCUGGUUCUUCCUGUAACAUCAGUCACAUCGUCCCAUGGGACAGUGGAGUUUACUGGUGUGAGUCCAGAGAGGGAGCAACCAGUAACAGCAUCAGCAUCACUGUCACUGGUGGAGCAGUGAUCCUGCAGAGUCCUGUCCUCCCUGUGAUGGAGGGACAUGAUGUCACUCUGCACUGUAAAACAAAGACCCCUCCCUCCAACCUCCCAGCUGCUUUCUAUAAAGAUGGCUCCCUCAUCACAGAGACUACAGGUCACAUGACCAUCCACCAUGUUGACAAGUCUGAUGAAGGCCUCUACAGCUGUGACAUCAGAGGUCAUGGAGAGUCUCCACGCAGCUGGAUCACUGUCACAGGUGACCCUACAACCACAGCUCCGCCCACUGCCUCAACCUCCCUCCAUCUUGUGUUCAGACUGCUCCUCCACUUAGUGGUGUUCAGUCUGUACUUCAUCUCCACUGUCCUCAUGGUGUCUUUAUAUCGACACAGAGCCACAGAACAUCACCUGCCCGUAUCUGUGGCGAUGACCCCGCUCACCCAGGCUGAGCAGGGACUGGGCGAUGACAGUGAUGAUGUCAUCAUCGCUGUCACCACAGAGCAUCUCUUCUGAGCUGAUCUGCCGUGUUCUUUCUCCUUAAACGAAGCCAAAGUGUUUGAGUCAGACGUCAAUUCCAUCGUCAGAAAGAGUGGAGGACCCUGAAUGCCUCCCUGUGGAACCCCACACCUUCUAGUUCAACCUAGAACUCGGUGGAACAGCAAAGCCCCCCCAAAAAAUAUUCAAGUAACGCUACUGAAAGAAGAAAGUAACUAAAAUACAGAUUUAAUAACGACGUACAAAUCCACAUGAACAGCACAGACACAUCAACACCAUAAACACAGGAAGUCCCCGUUUUUAACUGAGAAUUUAAAACAGAGUAGUUUAGCGUUGCGCUUGUUUUGGCCAAUAGAGGGGGCUAGCUGCUAGCUAUAGCAGCUUCAGAAGUGAAGCCAAAACCAGCAACAUAGAGUUAUCCAAUAGUAAUCCAUUUAAUAAAAUCUUUGUGUUCUCUAUUCAGAGAAAAGCUCAGUUGGCUCACUCAUUGGUCAGGAGUUCUUAACCACACAGUAAACUAACAAAAACUUACUUCAAACAAACUUUGUGCCCGUUUCAAAGGUAGGGAGUUGUCAUUUUAUCAGUCUGCCCAUAGUCUAUUACUGUACAACAGUUACCAUGGUGCGGAUCAGUGUCGGUCCAGACCUCAAGCAUGAGUGAAAAUGUAUUUCAGAUGACUCCCUGUCCUCUAUUGUCUGAGCUGCACAGCUCUCAUCACGUAAUAUUGUCCAACAUGUGCUGUACUUUGUAGAUAUCACGCCUCCAAAGAAAGAGACAUCGGGAGCGUCAGUGAACUGACCAGCCAGCAGACACAGUGAUUGUGACGGCUGUAGCAGUUGAAGGUGGAGCUGGUUUUAAAUGUGAAGUCAAGGGGAAAAGAGGAACUGCAGCACUGAAUAUAAACAUGUUGAUGUUGAUGUAAAAAUAUUGUUGGAUUUUUCUCUUUUCCAUUAACAAGGAACUUCCUAAAGUUCACUUUAAGUCUUUGAUCUGUUACUGGGUUCAGUGUUUUCACGACUGUGAGGUUGAAGCUGUAAAAUAAUGAAGCCAC